UCCCGAGCCGAUCCGUAUACUUGACCCGGAAGUGAUGUCUGUUACACGAUCCUUGUUCCUCUCUAGUUGUCCUGCUAUUUCUGCGGUGCUAAUUUUAGUUUCACUACCGGCAGCUUCUCGGUUAGACGUCUAAAUGUGUUGAUAAAUAUUUAUAUAUGUUUUUCCUAACCUCACUAUUUAAAUAAAGACACAUUUUUGGGAGAGAUGGAGUAUCCAAACCAGAGCGGGUCCAGACAGCGUAAGUUACAGCCGAAUGUCAGGAUGCGAGGGACCCCGGUGGACCCCAGUGACCCCAGUCUGUUAUUUGACGACACAAGCGCUGGAGGGAACAAACCCGAGCACGGCGGUGUGGGAAAAGGCCCUGAUGUGUAUCCGGGACAGGCUUUGCUCUCGGACCCCAUGUCUAACCUCGCCAUGGCCUACGGCAGCAGCCUCGCCUCCCACGGCAAAGAGAUGAUGGACAAAAACCUGGAUCGGUUCAUCCCCAUCUCUAAGCUGAAGUACUAUUUUGCAGUGGACACAGUAUAUGUGGGCAAGAAGCUUGGACUGCUGGUGUUUCCCUACAUGCAUGACAACUGGGAGGUGAGCUAUCAGCAGGACACCCCAGUCGCCCCGCGGUUUGAUAUCAACGCCCCUGACCUGUACAUUCCCGUGAUGGGGUUCAUUACGUAUAUCCUGGUAGCAGGACUGGCUCUGGGCACACAGAACCGGUUUUCUCCAGAGAUCUUGGGCAUUCAGGCCAGCUCGGCGCUGGUGUGGCUCAUUAUUGAGGUUUUGGCUGUUCUUCUCAGUCUGUAUCUGGUAACGGUUAACACUGACCUCACCACCAUCGACCUGGUGGCCUUUUCUGGAUACAAAUAUGUUGGGAUGAUCGUGGGCGUCAUAGCAGGACUUCUGUUUGGCCGGAUGGGAUAUUACCUCUCGCUGCUCUGGUGCUGCGUCUCUAUUUUUGUUUUUACGAUUCGGACACUGCGGUUAAAGAUCCUGUCUGAAGCAGCCGCAGAGGGUCGGUUAGUGCGAGGAGCCAAAAACCAGCUGCGAAUGUACCUAACGAUGGCCAUCGCUGCGGCGCAGCCCAUCUUCAUGUACUGGCUGACCUUCCAUCUGGUCAGAUAAGAGCCGCGGGUGACUAGAGGGUCAACCAUAUCGUUUGUACCGCAGCAGUCACAAACGAGACAUGAGCCUAUUUGCACACAUGUAAUAAACCAAUGGACACACAUUGUGCAGCUUCACAGCACAAUACGAAUGAUCUGAACUGUAAUUGCCCAGCCGUCUUUUGUAUGUCUUUGGUUUGGACAUUUCUAAGAGUUUCUGUCGGCUUUCGUUUUGUAUAAUGUACAGUGUAAUUGUUUUUUUUUUUUAAUGUAAAACUGUGUUUAUGUUUGCAAACAAAGGUCGUUGUCUAGA